AUUCGUUAUUGUAAGAAAGAAAUUUUGAUUGAUAUUGACAAAGACAAAUAUGUUAAACUCCAAUCUUAUGACGGAACACUAUAUUGUGUAUUAGGUGGUGAGACUUUAAUAUUUCUUGAACUGAAUAAAUUUAAUGUUUAUGGAAAAAAAAAAUGUGAU